AUGUCUCUUUUACUAAAACCAUCAUUUUCAUUUCAAUUAUUGUCACAAUUGUUUCGUCCAUCAUGUUCUUCACGAUUUACUCGAACACUUUCCGCUUUCUCCUCUUCUUCUUGUCGUCCAAUUUUCUCUAUUAACAAUGGUACAAUCUCUUCUCAAUCAAUAUUAUUGAAAAAAUUACCUUCAACAACAUCGUUAUUUCAACAACCUUGCCGAUUUGCUCAUGUUCAUUAUACAUAUUCGAUGAUUUUAGAACGUGUUAUGCUUGUUUUACGUCUUUACGAUAAAAUUAAUCCCGAAAAAUUACAUUUAGAUUCAUCAUUUCAAAAAGAUUUUGGUCUCGAUUCACUUGAUCAAGUAGAAAUCAUAUGUGCUAUGGAAGAUGAAUUUCAAUGGGAGAUACCCGAUAGUGAUGGAGAAUUAUUUUUAACUCCUAGACAUAUUAUUGUGUAUUUGUGUGAUAAAUUUGAUGUAUAUGAACAUGUAGUACCAGAAUCAUCAUCCGAGAUAAAUCAUUCGACCACACACCAUUAA